AUGGAUGCUGGCCAACCACCUCCGCCAGAACUUACAAUGGAGGAUAUCGCCACUUUCAAACGUUGUCGACAGGAAUCCUUCUGGCGUGGUUCUGUUCCUAUGAUUAUUGGAGCUAAUCUGCUCGUAGGUAUUGCUCAUUCUCGCGGAUUUUUCGAUAGCCGACGUCGUCUUCUAUUUCCCACGUAUUUUUUUGCCGGCGUUGUUGGUUAUAUAGGAGGCAAACUCAGCUACAUGGGAACAUGCAAAAGCAUGUUUCUACAACUCCACGACAGUCGUGUCAAGGAUUUUCUUCUUGGUCAAACGGAUAGACUUCCAUUACCUUCUAGACCUGAAAUUGUAGAAGGUUAUAACUAUCCUGUUGCUAAUCGUCUUCCACAAGAAGGGCCUACCACAUAUGCUCAGAGACGAGAAUAUUUCCGCCAACAACAGAUGGUUGGAACACCUGGCUCUCCCCAGCAUCCCUUCCCAAUUCCGACCCAGGGUAAUAAUCAGGAGAUUUCAAAAUUAAAUCAACCAGAGGAGGGUCAGUCUUCAUGGCUUCAACCCCCAAUACCUCAAGCGCCCCAGAGUCAGCAGCAGUCCUCUUCAUCAGACUACUUCGAUAAUCAACGUCCACUUAGUUCGUUCUUUCAAGAUGAUGAUUACAAGCCAAGGGAUUGA